AUGUGGACGACACAGCUAGCCAUCCUUUCCACGGCAAUCUGCAAUAUAGGUGACGCCAUUGAAGCUGUCCCUCCAGGUCCAGGGAGAACCUUCCUCCGCAGAUAUCUGCAUAAUGCAGCAGGCCAUUACUACCAGCCUCCAACCGAAGAGAACCAAAACGACCUUCCACAAUCCGCCAAGGAAAAGCCAACACCGGCUCAGGCGUCCAAAACUAGUAACUCCAUCCAACGACCUACCCGGGGUAGCCUCGUGUAUCGACACAGAGAGCCACGAACCCAGUACCGAGUCGGGCCCUAUCCUCCCCCUCGGUCCUCCUCAUUUGCUCCAACUCGCUGUGAGCCAAAUAGCCGCCGAAGAGAACCGGAGACGUGGGUAUCUGUUGAGCGGGCGGGUAUGAAGAGAGAUCCGGCGGCCAUGAAGAGCGAACGGUUUAUUCACGGCCGCUAG